UAUUGUGUAUCUGAUGUAGUGGGUGGGUAUGGUCCGAUUUUUAAAACAUAUUGGUUGGUCCGUCCAAGGAUAUGCCAUGCGUAAGGACGGAGGAGGCCAAAUCGCGUGGCGUGGCAAGUCCCUGAGGUAGAGGGCCACGUUGACAAGCUGAGUUCCUCCCACGUUGAACCUUGUAAACCUGACCUCCUUUCAGUUCCUUCCUUCCUAUUUAAACUUCACUUCACUUCAAACCCAUCAACAUAUUGGUAUGUAUCAUCGAAUCCUUCCUAGCGUUGAUACAUUUUUGAGACAGUAAUUCAGCAAGUUUGAGGCGGCCGGCAAUGGAGAACUAUCAGAACCAGUACGGCGCAACUCGCAGCACCACCGGCCCAGCUGCCGCCCAUCAGGUAGUAGACGAAUACGGCAACCCCAUUAUUCCUCAUCACUCUGCCGCUGCUGCUGGUGGAAAACAAGGGCGUGGGAUCUCCGGGAUGCUUCACCGCUCCGGCAGCUCGUCCAGCUCCAGCUCUUCCGAGGACGACGGGCAGGGAGGGAAGAGGAAGAAGAAGGGAAAGGGACUGAAGGAGAAGAUCAAAGAGAAGAUGCCAGGUGGUCACAGUAAGGAUGAUCAUUAUUAUGAUCCACACCGCCCUACUACUACUACUACGCCGGCCGGUGGAUACUAUUCCGCCGACGAGCCUCAUCACAAGAAAGGCAUCAUGGAGAAGAUCAAGGACAAGCUUCCUGGGGCUGCCACCCAUCACUAAACUAAACUAAACUAAACUAAACAUCCAUCCAUCUUCAUCGUCGCACUCUCUCUCUUUUUUAUAAUGUUAUAUGUAUUAGUAUAAUUAACAAAGACAAAUAAUAAUAAUUCCAUGGCGGUGGAUGUACCUACACAGCUCCAUAGCUCUUUUAUAUAUUCUGCGUGACUGCCUUUUAAUUUGGUUUGUUUUCUAUGUACCAAUAGAUGCGUGAAGAUUAC